AUGUCUAAUUAUACAAUUGUUGGUCAAGCUCAAGAUACUGAUUUAUCCAAAAUCCAAGAUUUAACUUGCCUGUGUACUACGUUGCAUAACCAAUUCGAAGGAGUCCCAAAUAUAGUCCUUCUGGUAGACACUACAUUAAAUGAUACUUUUGAAGAAGAAUUUCUCUUACCUGAACUAUCUGUACAUGGUCUACUCUUGAAACACAACAUUAAUGAUUACACAACUCCUAUACCUUAUGAACAAUCUCUGCAGUGCUUCAUUGACAAUGCUCAUAAAUUUGACUCUAAUAAUCCUUUAGUUAUAACUUUACAGUUUAAACUUGGAUUAGAGGACAACGGAACAAGUAUGUUUGAUCUCUUAGAAAAAAUGAAUAAAUGUGCUAAAUUAGGCAGCUUCAAAUUUAAGGUUUACAUUUAUAAAUCAGUAGGAGAUGAACCAUAUCAUAACUUUAAAAUGCCUCCGCCAAGUUUGUUCAAACAAUUAAAUGGAAUAAUUGGUUUUAGAUUCGAAACUGAUAAUAUAAGAUAUCUCAUAGAUUAUCAUGAUAUAUGGGAAGAUUUGUUAAAAAUAUCUUUAGGUUGGCUUGAAGGAGAACCACUUGAAGAGCUUUAUAUUGGCCAACGUAUUAUAAUAAUUGAUGAUAUAACUCAUCUUUAUUUUCCCAAUCUUGAAACUAUAGGCUUUGAAUGCAAGGAUUACAUUACAAGUUAUAAUUUUUCUUUUUUCAUUAGAAAGCAUAGAUCCAUUAUCAAAAACUUAAUUUUGAGAGACUUUAAGAGUCCUAUUGAUGUGUUGUUUGGAGAUACAUUAUUGGAAAAUCUUACCAUAAUGGGAUAUUUAAUAUUAUAUGAAGAUGAAAUUAUUCAUUUUACUAAUUACGUGAAAACUUUAACUAUCUUGGGGUCACGUAGUAUACCUGAUCUCACAGUAUCAAAUCUUCAUUUCAAAGAAUUUAUAAUACUGCGCCGUAGCAAACUUGAAGAAGGAUAUCUUUUUCCAAUAAACGAGAAUAUAAUUAAAGCAGCUUCUUCGGAACAUUUUAUUAUUACACAAAUUGCAGCAUUGCCUUGCCAUGAAAACUAUUCAUCCAGUAUUAUGUCAAAUUACAUAAAUCUUCUUUACAUUUACUACGAAAAAUAUAGAGAGCCAAUCCCUGCAAAUUUAAUAACAAAACCAAAAGAAAUCGCUGUUUUGCUAAAUGAGAAUGAUCCAGUAUAUUUUGAUGUUGAACAAGAUGAUAAUUUUAAUGAUGACUAUGAUGAAGGUUACGAUACAGAUCGAACAAUAUUUGUGCACUAUUCAAAUAGAUUUGAUGAAGAUGAUUGUUAUUAUUCAGAUGCAACUUUGGUAGAAGACGACUAA